UAUAAUGCAUAGCGUGCUUCAGGUGUUUGGUAAAACAAUGCUCAAAAAGGGUCCAUAACAGAUCAACAAAAGGAGUUAUCCUUAGUUAUUACUCUAUUCUCCUCUACAAAAGCCAAAAAUUAUGGAUUCAUGAAGAAAGAUUGUGAAAAUAUCUUGAAAAAUUAAGCUCAAUUUUUAGUUCCUUCAACAACAAAGAUGGCGGUGGUUGUUGAACCGUUACCUGCUUACAGCCAACUAGACGAAAUAAUAAAAGAAGUAGCCAGAGAUUACUCAAAGAUAUACCUUGAACAGGAUAUUGCAUUCACAAAGAACACUUUAGGAGGGAAUUUUUUGAAACUACCACAUGAUGAUAUUUUUCCAUACUUACAAGAACUUAGGGAUCAAGGCAGGAUAACUCCUCAAAAGACUGGCUUCCUGGAGUUCUACGCUAAAGAUAAACCAAGCAUCGUAGAGAGGAUGGAGAGCUUAAAGAAGCAAAGUAUGAAGGAGAAAGAAAACGAGAUUGAGUUUAUCGGGAGAGAAAAUGAUGUAAGUGCUGUUGUUGAUAAUUUGACAAAUGGGACGACAAUGAUUAUGACCCUUUAUGGAGACGCUGGUGUCGGCAAAACUACCUUAGCAGAUAAAGUUGUAGAAUUCUUAACAUCUCAAAACCAAGUGGCAAUAAAAAAGAAAGUUGAUUUGCGAAAUAUGGAUAGCCAAAAGGAAGUAUGUCUUGCCAUUUUACAUGCUCUGGAUUCCAAAAAGGUUCUAAACCCUUGUAUGGAAUUUGUGUAUGAGGCCAUUGAAAAUUUAGAGAAGAGUACCAUCUUGAUUCUUGAUAAUGCUGAAGAGGUGUUAUCUCAGCUAUCGUUGCAGGAAAGCAAGGCUUCUUUUACUCAGAUUUUGAGGGGAAUGGCUGAACACAUUAACAAAAGCAGAAAAUUAACAAUAUUACUAACAUCACGCAUCCCCUUACCAGAUGAAAUAAAUGGAUUUGUUAACUACAAGGUUAAUUCAUUGGAUGAGGCUAAAUCUGCUACGGUUUUGGAAAAGUCAAACCUCUCGCUUUCUCCCGAAGAGAAGAAUGAAAUCAGUAAGCUUUGCAAAAACAAUCCACUGAAAUUGAAUCUAGUUGCAGGGCUGAUGCAAGAAAGUCUCCUAAAUAUUGAACACUUGAAAAAAGUACUAAACGCCUUAGAAGAACCAGCUGAAAAAGAAAAAGCAACUGAAAAAGAGGAAGACAUAUAUGCUAAUGCUUACGAUAACAAUAUUUUUAGUGAAGUCUUUGAAAAUCCUUUCACGCCAGAGCUCAAGAAGGCAACCAUUAAGCUGUCACUAUUUCAAGGGCCGUUUACCAUUGAAGAUGCAGUAAAGAUGAUUAAACAAUCUAAAGAUGAAACGAAGUUUUAUCUUGAUAUACUAACGGUGCGAAAAUUUCUAACGAAUAUUGAUCAAACAACAUACGAAAUGCACCCAUCAAUCAAUGAGUUCAUGAUAAGUCAAUCCCAGAAAGAAAACUAUGAGGACAUAAUUACCGAUGCUAAAGAGACAUUCUUCAAGAAUUACCUGGAAAAAUCAAAGCAAAUUGCUCAGCUUCUUGACGAGGAUUAUGUAAGAGCAUAUUCCCUCAUUGAAAAAGAGAGGUUAAACUUAAAACUUGCAAUUGAGAUAUCAUUUGAAAGAGGGUUCUUGUACUUUUCAAGUGAUUACAGUGAAUCUACCAUUCUAGCAGACCUGUUUCUGAUUUUGAUUCCUGGUCUAGAGAGAGAAAAGCUGUUCAGAGAAUGGAGCGCAAUUGCAGAGAAGAAGGGUGAGUGGAUUUGUUAUACCAUUCUAGUAUGCAUGCAUAUACAAGUUCUACUUGAGAAGACAGCUGGGAAGUCCGAAGCAAGGAAACUUUUGGGAAAAGCCAAAGAAGCUCUCAAUAAACUAAGUGACAAAACCCUUGAUGCAUAUCAACUAGCCAAGAGCAGCUAUCUCUAUGCCAAAGGAGAAAUGCUAUAUUCUGACUGUGCAAGUAAGGGCAGAGAGGUUUGCGGAAAGGCUGAGUGGAGAGAAGUUUUGGAUUUUUACCAACAAAGCUUAAAAAUCAGAGAAGAGUUGCUCAAGGAUCACACCGACACUGCUCGCACCCUUAAUGCUAUUGGAAACUGCUUUAUGUACUUGGAGGAGCUCGAGAAAGCAUGUGAAUACUACACUAGAGCUCUUGAAAUGAGACAGCGGCUGAGUGGGCAACAGCAUGUGGAUAUGCCAGUGUAUAUUAAUCAAAUCGCCGCUACUCAUGAACAAAUGGGAAGCAAGCUGAAGAAGCAAGCUGAAGAUGCUAAUCUCUACUACAGGAAAGGACUGACGGAAAAGUAUAUUCAGGAGUUUAACGAAGCUCUAAAAAAGUACCAAGAGGCUUUGGAUUUGGAGAAAAAGCUUCAUAUUUCAGGUUACAUCAAUACAGCCAUCUUCUACCGGAACAUGAGCAACACCUACUCCUAUCUAGAAGAUUAUGAAUCAUCACUGAGGACUGCCAAGAAAGCAUUGUUUGUCAGGAAAAAGUUACUGGGUAUUGAUUCUGACACUAUAAGGAGUUACUACCAGGUGGGGCUUGCUUAUGAACAACUUGAAGACAUUGACAAAGCUCUCAAGUAUUUCUACAAGGCCUAUAUGAUGGAAAAAGCAUUACCUGAAGGGGAAACAAGCCCAGUUAGGGACAGAGUGAUCAAGAAGAUUGAAAACAAUGGUGGCAGUACUGAAGAAGCAGAGUUGGAAGAUAAAAGACAUGAAGAGGCUUUGCAGAAGGGCUCUUUGGAUGAUGACGUUUUGACUUCAGAAGAUGAAGAGGAGGAGGAGGAGGAGGAGGAGGAGGAGAAGGAGGAAGGAUCAUCAAAGGAGGAAUGGCAGGAAGAAAAAUCAUUAUCAUCAGUGGAUGAUACAGCAGCUCAUCUGGAUUAUGUAACAGGGACCCCUGUCCAGACAACAGAUCAAGGACUUUCAGGGACCACUGUCCAGACAACAGAUCAAGGACCUUCAGGGACCACAGUCCAGACAACAGAUCAGGUACCUUCAUGGACCACUGGCCAGACAACAGAUCAGAAAUCUUCAGAGACCACUCAAGAAGAAAGAGAGACAAUUGAUGUUGCAGACAUUGAAAUAGAAGAAAGAGUGGUUUCUGACAGGCAAGUCAUUGGAGCAAAAGGCUGUCAGUGGGAUAUCAAGGAAACUGGAGUUCGUAUCUUGUUCAUGCCUGGAACAGUACCAUCAGAUACCAGUAUUCCCUGCCAUGUGUGCAAAGAACCAGAAAAUCAUCUCCCAUUAGAACCAACAGAAUCUCUCGUCAGUAUGGUAGUGGCAUUAGAUGCAGACAACCCUGUCUUUGAUAAGGAAAUUGGUCUUCUUAUUCCACACAGUGGAUCCAUGAAGACUAAAGGAUACGAGGUGGCAGUUAGAGAAUAUAAGGAAAAUUUAGGGAUCUGGGAGGAAGUGGAUGACUUUAUCAACAUCCAACACGAAUCAGAUGUGCAAAACUUAGCAAACGAAUUCACUAAACAACUGGGAAGUAUAAAUCUACCCGCAGUACUGCUGACCAGAAAGAACUGCAGUACUGUUUGUGUCACAAGUCGUUUGGUUAAAGACGUCCUCAUUGCUAGACCAGCUGGCAGUACCCUGGUGUCAUCGGUGUUCCCUGAGGUUCAACUGGUGUUGGAGAAGAACACUGUGAAAAAGAAUACGUCAAUAGAUAUGAAAGUCCAUCCACUUCCAGAUUUCACCGUUUUUAACUCACCCAGUCUUAGCUGUGGUCCAGUUCUUUACCUUCAAACUAGCCAGACUGAAACCAUCGAUAUCCUUAAACCAAUACGAAUAACUCUUCCUCAUCCCCUUACGUGGUAUGGCAAGCACAUUGAAGAGGAUUCGAGGCGCGGUAAGGUGCGGAUUCUCUACAAUAGACAUUCCGGAAAUAGCGACAUAGAAUGGAAGGACAUUACAGAUAAUCCAGCCACAAAUCUGUCUGUAGAUGGACAGAAAAUCUCUCUCCAGGUGCGACAUUUUUCCAUGUUCUGGCCCAUCUGGAUUUCAGACAUCAAACAAGAUUUCCAGAAACUCCUAAUCAAAGCCAAAGAACAGUUUGCCAGCAUUUGUCGUUUUUCGCCUUUCAGCGCUCAAUUUUGCGUGAAGUGUAGGCCUCGUAACCAUAAGGGCCAAGCUGUCCUCGCAUACACUGCAGUGCCAACCCAUCUAGUGAAGCAGCAUAGGAGGAAUCGCAAUGACGAUUCCGAAGAGGACUUGUACGAUGGAGAGGAAAUUCAGGUUGAUUUGACCGGUCCAAUACAAAGAUACCCGACGAAGGACUCGGACGACUCGCCGUUUUACAUCAAGUUUAGCUCACAGAAAGAGAAACAAAAGUCGAUGGAUGUGGAAAUAGAAGAUGAAGAUGGGAUGUUUAGGUGUCGUUUCUUGAGAGUCUUGGUCGAUCACCAAUGUAUUUGUGAAAUCCCUUUCGAUGUACCACCUGUAAAACAGGAUAUCAAAGAGCUAAAGCCACUAGAGUUCUAUGGCGUCCCACUGGAAGAUCCUGAUAACAAAUGGUGCCUACUCGAAACACCCAAAGAUGUCCUUCAAAGUAUGUUCGGUAUUAAAAAACUUGGAGACAUUGCCAAGAAUGCGUAUGAUAUUAAGAGCAGUGACGAAGAAAGUAUGGAGUUUUUCUUUCAGAGUGUUUCACAUGAUACUAAUUUACAGCAAUCUGCCUUUGAUGCUGUGAUCUCAAAUCAAUCUCGAGGUAUAGACCAUAUCAAACAAGUACUUGAAGCAGGGAAAAAAGUAGUCGAAGAAUCCUUUGAUGUUGAAACUGCAAGAUCUCUAUCAAAGUACAUUAAGCAAGACUAUACCAAAUUAGCUCAAAAAGUCGACCUAUCCGACAAGUGUAAUUUCAUAAAGAAAAUGAAAGGAACUUCAAGUGAUCUAUGCUUUAUUUUCCUUAAAACCUGGAUAUCGCAUAAAAAGCCGACUUUACAUUUAUUAAUGCAGAAACUCAGAGAGAUUCGCUGUGAAGAAGGGAUGAAAGCAUUGAUGAAACAAUUUGAGGACCGUCUAGAGAAAAUAAUUAGACCCGAAGCAUCUGCAUCAGAAAGUGAGAACACAGUGGUUACAGUGGAAGGUCAUUACCAAGAAGCAUCAACAACUGAACCGUUAGCAGGUCAACACAUUGAUACUAGGAAAACUAUUGAUAGUCCAGCUACUGAGACUUCUAGUGAUCUGGUUCAGGGUUUUCAUGCAGGCAGUGUUAUCACUGAUAUUGAUACCUCGGUAGGUUAUUCUAUCGAUGAAUCUCACAUGCAUUGGAGUCCUGUGGCCGAUGUUGCCACUGAUGUUUCCCUGAAUGACUCUAGCAUUAGUGCUAGUACUACGAGUGAUGCUGAUGAAACUCUACCUGGAGAGGAUGCUGCUAGUAAUGAAGAUAGUCCUGAUAGUGCAAGUGACAUAAUAGAUGAGAAUACGAGCAGCAGUAUAUCAUUAUUCUACCCAGGCAUGUGUCUUGUUGCCUUAUCACUAGGCUAUAUUUUUUUCCGCUAUAUAAGAAGAUAGCUUUGCCUGUUUAAUAGAGUGAAGACAAUUAACCCGUGAAAUAAAUAAUGCUAUAAGUCAAGGUGUAAGAUGAUAGUCAAAUAGACACAAAAGAAAACAAGGGAAUUAGGGUCUACUAAUGUGUAUUAGACUAAUAAUAAAUGUAUUUAAUGGGUUUAAUGACUUCACUCUCAGCAAAGCAAAUGGUGUAAAUAAUAGGGAGAUAAUUGUGGAGUUGCGAUUCUAGACCAUUCUCAACUAGUUUCUACCAAAAGUUUCAGGAUUGUACAGAUUUAGGUAAGAUAGUACACACUGCCAGAAGCACUUGUUUUUAUGCUAAAGAGCCAUCCAAAUUCCCUGUGCUCCACCCCCGCCCAUCAAGUCUUGAAAGUGGACCAUGGGACAUUGGUUAGAAAGUGCAAAAGUUGUUAGUCCCUUCACUGUACAUCAGUUAUUAGAAAAAUAGAUAGAUAUAGGCGGUAUAUUACUAUUGGUGGGGGAUGACCAUUAAAUAUCCAGUCAUCAUU